AUGGCAAAAUGGCCACCACAAACUAAUGAUGUGCAUGACAAUCCAAUAUCCUUACAACUGCACUUUCCAGUAUGUCAUGGCUUGUUUGAGGCAUAUCUGCAAGCAACAACUUUCAUGAGUCUGGAGGUGCAACUGCUGUAUUUCCAAAAGUGGGAUGAGGUUUGCCUUCAAGAAGUUUCCAACCAUAGAUUGAAAUAUCUACGUUUGGUGGACCUGGCAGUCUUCCGAAUCAUAGCCUAUGAUCUGGAUUUUCCUAUUGCUUUGCUGCCUAAUCAUAUGCAGCCUGCAACUCACAAGGAUCACAUCGGCUUCUUCAUGGUCAAACAGUUUGAGUUUAGUUGCUCCAGCAACCGCAUAGCGCCUGUCCCGUUCAUGAGACUUAACGGAGCCAUCAUGAUAAUGGUCAAAUAUCAUGUACACAUCGUGAUCCCUGGUUUGCCACCUACUCCAGACAUAGACCCAAAAGCAGUGUUCUGCAAUAAUGAGUUGAGCUUGCGUGACAUAGAAGUUUACGGGUUUGACUACGACUACACACUGGCAAUUUAUGGACAGAGUUUACUGUUUCUGGUAUAUAGAUUGGCAACACACGUCCUCAUCGACAAAUACAAGUAUCCGAACGAGAUAAGCAAGUUAACAUAUGACCCAUCAUUUGCUGUCCGAGGUCUGCACUAUGAUGUCCAUAAGGGCUUGCUGAUGAAGCUGGAUGCGUUUCACAAGGUGCAGAUGGGCACCGUCUAUCACGGUCACUGCCGCGUGCCGGACAACGAGGUCAAUCGGCUCUACGAGGGCCUGCACAUCCCGAUAGACGAUCUCAACAACUUCUACGGCUAUGGGGCGCACUUCCAGCAGCUGGUCGACAUCUUCAGCCUGCCGGAGAUUGCGUUGCUGUCCGACGUAGCGCAGCAUUUCAUGCAGCACGACAUCGAGUUUGACGCCGACUACCUGUUCACGGACGUCAAGACGGCCGUGGAGUUUGUUCACACGUCCGGCCUGAUGCACCAAGAGGUUCUCAAAGACAUGAAUAAAUACGUGGAGAAGGACGACGGCUUGAAGCAGAUGCUGCGGAGGCUGAAGGAUGCGGGAAAAAGCAUCUUCCUCGUGACAAACAGCGGCUAUGCAUACGUGUCGAAAGGUAUGCAGUAUCUGCUUGGGGACAACUGGCGUGAGAUGUUUGACAUCAUCAUCACUAAAGCAGACAAACCAAAGUUCUUCAAAGAAACCAGCAGGCCAUUUCGGUACUACGACGUUCAGAAUAGAGCAAGAACUUGGAACUUUGUUACAAAACUCGAGAAAGGAAACAUAUACUCGGAGGGAAAUAUAGACCACUUCAAGAGAAUGACUGGAUGGGUAGGAAGCAAGGUGUUGUACUUCGGUGACCACGUCUAUAGUGACUUGGCGGAUCCGGCGAUUAGACACGGGUGGCGCACUGGAGCGAUCAUACCAGAGUUAGAGCAUGAGAUCAAAGUGAUUAACUCCACCCCAUACAAGUCCAAUCUUGUGUGGUUACAAGCGCUACAGACGUUGAUAGCAAACAUGCAGGAUUUCCAGGAAGAUGAUCCAGAAGCUCAGAGAGUCGUUCAUGCAUGGAAAGCUGAAAGAUACCAACUCAGGAACAGCCUGAAGGAGAUGUUCAACCCUCGCUUCGGCAGCAUCUUCCGCACGCACACGAACCCGACGUACUUCAGCCGCCGGCUCGCCCGCUUCGCCGACAUCUACACGUCGUCCGUCACCAACCUGAUGCACUACACGACGAAGCACACGUACUACCCGCAGCGCGCCGCCCUGCCGCACGAGCUCGACCCCGGUGCUGCCUUCUAUAACGUUGAUGCGACGUUGACCGAGACAUUGUCGUCGCUAAGCGUGCAGACGCCUAGUGGCCUCGCUGCCUUUAGCUAGGCGGCCAUCUUGUUGACACGUGUACACGUCCCCUGCAUGCAUGUGACGUCGUGACGUCUUUAAUGUCGGGCGUGGCUGCCGGAGUGCAGACGCCAUGCCACGACAUGGUUGCUCAAGUGUUGCACGUGCCUGCAAGUCUCAGCCACCAGGUGGCACUGCAACACCUGAUUAUUGUUUGCUUCCCCUUUGUGCGUGUGUGUGUGUGUGUGUGUGUUUAUUUCUUUGUUGUUGUUGUUUGCUGGGUGAGUUUUGCUGUCUAAGCAACGACUGCUAUGCAAGGUUCGGUUAGCAUGCUGCAAUGUUGUCACCGUAUGGUGUAAAUGCGGUAGUUGCACAUGCUGUUAAGUGCACAGUGGGAGAAGUGUGGGUAUAACCACUGUUAGCAGAUGGGGUAAUUGUAAUGGGUACAGCCAUUAUUAAAGUGCGGUAAAGUUCUUGGGUGUAACCGAUGUUGCCUGCUUCAGUAAAAGUAGUGCGUGUGAACCACCAUUGCCAGCUGGGUUAAAGGUAAUAGGUACAAACAACCGUUGCAAGCACAGGCGCAAUGGUGCUGUGUGCAUUAUUGUAAGGCAUAAAACAGGAAGGCAUUUUUUCCUAUGUGUGGAAACAAUGCUCAUAACCCUCAGGUGGAUAAGACAUGUAAUUAAUGUUCUGUGAGCUGCCAGCUAGUCGCUCUUAUUGACGACUCUGAGACGUAAUCCUUAUUUUGAUAUGAUCGAAAGCUAAGCGCACGUCUCACUGGCACUGGUAUGUUUUAUACGAAAAGCGUGGCUGUUCAAAACAGCUGUUUUUGAAAUAGAUCACAAUCGUGUUUAUUAACUACGCUUAUAUAUAUACAUAUAUAUUUAUAAUAGUUUAUUGACGAGCUAGGGUUUGUUUUUUGAAUAAUGAUGUCUUCGGGAGUACAUGGUAAUCUGUUUAUCAUGUAUUACCGACAUCUUGUUAAUUGAUGGCCGCGAUUCUUGGAUUUAUUUCUCUCAUGGUGAUACUUCACCAGGAGUAAAUCGUACCUUAUCAUUUACUCCUGAUAACCGUGAUCACGGAGCGAGCUUAAUUGGUAUAGCUUAAUUGGUAUGGUUGGAGGAGAACGCUUAGAAAUAAUGGCCCACGCUCGAUUAGUUGACAGAUUGAUUGAUUUGAUUGAUUUUUGAGCUCGAUUGAGAUGUGCUCAUUUAUCUACAUGUCAUCUUGGCGGGUGCUCGGGUGGAGAGAGAGAGAGAGAUGUGCUCCGCGUGGGUAGUGAGGUGGAGGCUGCUGUUUAAUUAAUACAUUCUCUACAUUCUGGUACCUUUUCUAGAUCUAUUAUUAUUGUUAUAUAUAUCCCAAUGUUCGCUCUAGGCAGUCGGGUGUUUACCCGGUUAUCUAUAUCUGAGGCGCGAUGAAACGCACGCGCUCACAUAACCUGUACAUGUAGGCUUUCAAAUUUGGUCGAUUGCCGAGAUAUUUCCGGAACUUAGCAGGGAGCACACGUGCCCGCGUGAAAGCUUUAUGUUAUCAUCAGCAGUUGUGAUAUUAUGAAGAGUAUGAUAAUAACCCAUGGGGUAUUAUCUUACUCUUGAUAUUAUCAGGAGUUAAUAAAGACAAUUUGUCUUAAUUAACUCCUGAUAUUAUGUUAUCGUCGGCGGUGUAAGAAGAGAAGAUCGUUGCGAAUCAACAUUGGUGCUCGGGUGGAGACAAAGCCGUACGCAGGAAAUUUUCUGUAGGGGGGCAAAUACGCAGGAAAUUUUCUGUAGGGG